GUCAAAAAAAAUUAACAGUGUAGUGUAAAAUCACAAUAAGAAAAAGAAAUAGAAAUAUUGUAGGAAACAAUAAACAAUCGUAAAGUCAAUACAAAUGGAAGUUAAACAAGAACAAAAUCUUUGUCCGAUAGAAGAAUGCAAGGUAAAAACAGAAUUUAUCGAUUUCCCCAAUGUUUCUGUUCCUUCUUCUCUUAAAACUGACAUUCAAGAGGACCAAUAUGUGGACGAUUCCAUUAGCAACGAUACAAAAAGCUACUUUGUUGAUGGUUGCCCUUCAGACCAUUUAAACAUGGGCAUUACUGUUGAAGAUAUCAAAUUAAAGGAGGAUAAGGCUGAACUAGUACAAAUUGAGGAUGUUAUGGAAAUCAAAGAUGAAAUUAAGCAAGAAGUUGGGGAAUAUGAUAAAGAGAGUCAGUUAUCUACAUCAAUUAGCAUUGAAGAUGUUAAGGAUGAACCACCAAAAGGAGAGGAUUGUUCAGGUUUUCUGGAGAAGAGUAAAAUGAAAAUAAAAACUUUGCCAGAAUUUACACGUAAUAAGGAACGAUGUCUAAGUCAGCUCACUGAAGAACUUUUAUGUGCAAUUUGUAACAAGCAGUUUUUUCGGAAGGACGAUUUAAAAAAACAUCUUCAGGGGCAUAUUAAACCCUUUCCGUGUGAUAUUUGUUUUAAAUCGUUUUCUCGUAAUAGUGGUUUGCAAGUUCAUAAGAGGUCGCACACUGAAAAACCUUAUCAGUGUGAUAUUUGUUUUAAGUCGUUUUCUCAGCCAGGUUCUAUGAGAGGGCAUAGGAAAUUACACACUGGAGAAAAAACUCAUGAACAUCAAUGUGUAAUUUGUUUUAAAUCAUUUUCUAAAUUACAUCAUUUAAAUGCACAUAAUGAGGGUGCACACUGGCGAGACACCUUAUCAAUGUGAAAUUUGUUUUAAAUCAUUUUCCUAUCUACAAAAUUUAAAUGAGCAUAAGAGAGUGCACACUGGUGAGAAACCGUAUGAAUGUGAAAUUUGUUUAAAAUCAUUUUCCUAUCUACAAAAUUUAAAUGAGCAUAUAAGAGUGCACACUGGUGAGAAACCGUAUCAGUGUGAAAUUUGUUUGAAAUCGUUUUCUACAAAGGGAUCUUUGAAAUUACAUACUAGAAUGCACACUGGAGAAAAACCAUAUCAGUGUAAAACUUGUUUUAAAUCAUUUUCCCAACAAACCUGUCUAAAGAAACAUACAAGGGUGCACACCGGUGAGAAACCUUAUCAAUGUGAAAUUUGUUUGAAGUCGUUUUCUGUAAAGUGUGCUUUGAAAUCACAUACUAGAACACACUUUUGAGUAACAUAUUAUAAAUGAAAAUUUGUUUCGAGUCGUUCCCACGACCAUAUUAUUUAAACAGACAUACGAGAUUCUACGCUAGAGUAGAAUCUUGUUGCAGUUUCGCAACUGUAUAUAAACAUUUGUAAAAUAAUAACAGGCUUUUUGAUAGUUUCGAUUUUCCCCGUAUAUUUAAACUGAGAUUUGCCUAUGCGAAAAAUACAGCUGUUUUAAGAACUAAUUUAAAAGAACGAGGCAUCUCCGAAACAUCACCACACGUGUGUAUAUAAGUUAAGGGUUUGAAUUCCAUCUACAAAAUCAGAGUCGAGAUUUAUCUUUCAAAGCAUACAGAUGUAUGCGUUUUGGGUUAAAAGUACCUGCGACUCCGCAUCGGCCCUUUGGCCGAGAAAGACGUCAAAUUUGUGGGUCCUGUAUAUAAGUCGCUGAAGACGUUUGUGAUUGCGGGGGUGCUAUCUUUUCAUGGGGUAAAGUACAAUACACCAUUUAUCUAUGUUGCUGCAUAUAUCAAGUACGUUAUUUGGUAUAUAGAUUUUCUUAUUUGGUUAGAACAAUUAGCUCAUUUGUGCCGCGAUCGCGAUAGAACAUUGUUAAAAGAACAUUUUUCAUAUACAUAAACAUUUAUUUUAGCGUAUACAGAUUGAACGAAUUUAAAACGGAACAUACAAUUUAAUAUAUGUCUAUUUGAACUGCAUUUGAAAUAGUGGACCAAUAUAAAACUUGGACAAAAAUAAAUCCAUAUCCGCUGAUAGACCUUGUAUAAAAUAUCGUUCAACUAUCUGUCUACUUUAAGAACGCACCGUAGUCUAAUAGCAACGCCUAAAGUCAAUGUUGCCAAUCGCCGUGUAAUAAUCCGAUUUGCGGAUCUGUUUGAGAGUUAUAUCUGCUUCGUAUCUUUAAAUAAAUCGGAUAUUUGCCUAUAUUUUUCAUUGUAUUUACCAAUCUAUUACAACAGACUAAUAACAAAAAUAAACUUUAUGUAGUUAUUUCCUUUCUUUCCUGUAAAUACAUAUUUUAUGGUUUACAGGAAAGAAACACCUUAUAUGAGAAACAGCUAGAGGAAUGAAUAGCGGCAACACCGCUCUGGGCAAGUGCUGGUCUUGCCUAGGUCCUAGGUUCACUCGUUCCAAUUUUAACAAUAGAUUUGGCGAAAAAUGCCGCUGUUGCAAGAUUUGAAAUAUUCCAUCAGUUUCGAAGAAUAUUUCAAAUUUAUAAUAAAAUAAUUAUUAUGGAAGUUCUUCAAAAAGAGAAAAUAUAUUUGGUUAUGUUGAGUGCUCUAAACUAAUCAUUCCCACAAAGUUCAUUAAGUCAAAGUGAAAUAGAUUUGUACUAAGUAGUACUUGUAAAACUGCAGUACAGAUAUGCUUGAUAUCAUAAAGAAUUUCUACGUCCUUGGAAAUCAAAAUAUUGCUGUUCCAGAAGUAUAAACACAAUAUUUUUCACAAAGUCAUUUUUCAAAAAUCUAUCAAAGAUAUCCUAUCACUUUGCCAUCGUUGUUUGAAAGUGGAAUCUUAUUUUGUCUUUCAAAAUUAUGAUUCGACUGUUACUGUUCCUGUCUGUGAGUAGGUAUCUUAGCUGGGUGUAACAUAUAUUCUACUCUUUUAUAUUCUGCAAGAAUUUGAGUACUACCUUAUUUGCAGAAACUAUAUAACAGGCCUCCUAAAAUCCAGCUUUGGUUUGAUUCUUCAUGCUUUAGUAUUAAAAACAAAACUUAAAUUUUAAACUUAAAAAACUUAAGAUAGGUAAAAAACAUAACUUUUUUGAACUUUUUUAAAACAGAAUAUUAAAUAGCUGAGAAAAUUUAUAUCGCAUGUUAGGAUUCGAUCAAUUAAUUUUGUACUCAGCCUGAGGCCUUCUUUAAGUCAAUAAAUCAAAAUUUGUCUUAAAGGAAAUCUGUUUUUAUAUAUGGACGUUUUCAGAUUGUGAGAACAAUUUUUGACGUUUCUGGUUUGUUUACUUUUGUGGCUGUCAGUUAUAAAUAGCUGUUGACUAUUUUGCUAUGUUUUGUCCCAUUUUUACAUUUUGCAAUUAUUUAUAUUACACAAACAGUUAUUUUCACAACUAACUUUAUAUUGCAGUUGAAAAUUUUAUGGUAAGUGUAUUUUAAUUUGCCGUUAAUUUUCCUUAAGGUUAACCUUAUUCACACAGAUUGUCAUAACCAUUUUCUGUCACUUUCUGUUGCGUUGAGUAAAUUUCCGACUGAUUUCGUAUGUUUUAAAUCAUGACGCACGGGUAAAGAUAAAUUGACUCAACUGAAAUACGUCGUUAUUGAAUUCGUUAUUGAUCGAAUUUCAUUGCAUGUGAUUUCUCUCAUCAAACGUGAGAUAAAUAAAUAAAUAACGAACAUUUUCCUCCGGUUGGCAACACUGCUGAAAUGUACAAGUGUAGCUUUUAAUUUUUAUACGUGAUGGGCGGGGCAACCUUUUUGGGGGAGUUUUCACCUGUUUUAAACAACGAAUUCAGAAUCCAGCCGCCCGCUGAAGUAUUAGAUUUGUAUAAUAUAAUUAUUUGACAACCUUUUGUUGGCUAAGCACCUAAAGUGAAGUAGAGCCCAUAUACAUGUAUUUCCUAUGUUCCGUUUUAAAUUCGUUCAAUCUGUAUACUGUAUUCUAUAUUGUAUUGUUUUCACACCGAUUAUAGUCCAUGUAUGUUUUGUAUUAAUUUUGUAUUACGUUUAAUAUAAUUCAUAUAUGUUAUGUCUCAUUGCAUUUUGUAUAACUUUUAUUAUCAAGAUUUGUUCAUUUUGCCACGGAUUAAGGAUAUUAUUAUUAAAUGUGCGCAUAUUUUUCACUGGUUAACGUCUAAUAUCAAUUUAUGCGUUAUUUCCAAUCAUACUCAACCAUAGCAAUGGAAAUCUUAAAUUCCUUUGUUGUUAAUCUGUUCUUAAAACCUAUUCAUCGACAUCUUUGUUUUGUUUUGGUUAUGGUUGUUUUUUGGCGUUUCAUAUUAACUAAUAUUUAUGUUUGUAUAUUCUUCUUUAGUUGUAGUUGUAUUUGGUUAUGUAUAUUUAUGUUUAAUUUUUACAGCGUUCUAAAAUAGAGUUUUAUACAGUCCG